UAACAUUUAACUGAAAUUGAAACUUACUGGGGUCUUUUAAGUUAAAUAGACUGUGACGAGCCUAAACUGCUAGAAGACAACAUUUGCUAAAAACAUCACUUUAAAAACAUUCUCUUUCAUUUGACCACUGAACAAAGAUCUACAAUAGAGUCCAUACUCACUGGACUGGACCAUAAGAAUUGCUUUUUGACCUUUGAUGUCCUCUGCUAUGAGUGAGACGAGAAAUUUCACUGUACCUUCUCUUGAUCUGGAGUCACUCCUGUCAUUAAAGGUGAAAAUCCGUCAGGAAGGAUUGCUGGACUCACUACUGAAAACCAAUCUUGACUUCUCUAUGCAAGCCCUGGAGGCCUUUCCUGCAUCCAAGCGGCAUAAUGUCUCUCUAACACUGGAAGGAGAGUGCCACCUGGUGUGUAUCACUGCCGGAACACCUGUCCUGUUCUGCAUGGCACAUCUGGGCACAAACGGUCCACAGCUCCUUCAAAGGACCCAUCCAGAAUCUCGACUCACGACCUCCAGCCUGGCAGAGAGCCAUUUUGCUGGACAUCACUGUUGUGAUGAGUUGGAAAGCUGCUUCGAGCAAGCUAAAAAAGCCCUGGCUCACAAUAACCCAUCAGAUCUGGAUCACAUGGAGCUCAAGAUCACCUGUGGAGAGCUGCACCUCACAUACAGUACCCAUCAGCCCCUGCACACCCUCCACAUCCAGCCACGCCGUAGAGUUUUCUUGGGCAAAACGCUGUCACUAGAGAAGAUCCUAGAGACAAAGAUGCACCUGGAGAAAAGCGGUGAGAUGAAGAAAGACCUGCUCACGUGUUUUCAGUUCUUGCUGCAGCAUUCUAACCAGUAUAAAGAGGAGAAUACACAGAUAAUUCUCCAUGGUAAUGGGGAGAUGCUGGAGUUUGUCACUGGAAGAAAAGAUAACCAUACAACCAAGCACUUCAUCUUCACCGAUGCCCAGAACAAAGCUCACAGCCAGCGGGUGCUAGUUAUGGGAAUAUGAUUAGGAAUCAUGGAACAGCUGCUUUCAUCUCAGUUAUACAGGAGAACACCAGGCAUAUUAGGUUAUUAAUCAGGUUAUGAAGGAUGUGGAACUAAAAUUGCAUAAGUUAUACUAACAUUAAUAAUUGUAUGCAUUUGGGACUGUGGUUAUUACUUCCCAUGCUAGAUGGCAGAUUUUCUUCAAUAGAGAGACAGUAUAAUCCUAAUCUCAAUUGUAAAUUGGUGUGUGUGUUUUCAUUUAUUGUUUGACAGAUACAGUAUUUUAAACAUUAAAUAAAGUGCAAUACAGCUCUAUGUGUAUAUGUUUCUUAAAAUUAUUUUGUCGUCAUUCCUGUUCUGUUUCUUCUAUUUCUCCCUGCCUACAAAAUUAAACAU